UUUCGUUCUAAGGUCUAAACGAACCAAAGCUUCAGGCUUAGGCGGCGCACUGCUUGAAGCAGAGCUUCAGGCUGCACUGCUUGAACCAGACCUUCAGGUUCAGGUAUUAGAAGGGCACUGCUUCAGGCCUAAGCGGAGCUUCAGGCUUCUUAUGGAAACGAAGGGCCUUCUUUCUGAAUAGCUUGAUCUCUAGACUGGAUUUGUAUAGCUUUGAACUGAGCUAGCCUUGCGCUUUAGAAUAGGAACGACCGUCUCGGCGUAAUCGUAUCUGUAUCUGGAAUUGUGAAGCACGUUGAUUUGGUGAAAGCUGUAACUAAAAUUUAGAAUUGAAUUGAACGAACCAUGGCAGCCACCGCCCCAGCCGCAGAGAAUGUUGAGCUGAUGAGCCAGGUGAAGCAGCAGAUCGCACUGGCCAACGCCCAGGAGAUGCUCUCGAAGAUGACCGAGAAGUGCUUCAAGAAGUGCAUCCACAAGCCGGGCAAGACCCUGGACGCCAGCGAGCAGCGCUGCAUUUCGCAGUGCAUGGACCGCUUUAUGGACUCCUGGAACCUGGUCUCGCGCACCUACGGCAACCGCCUGCAGCGGGAUCACUACAAGGGCGCCGCGGACAUGGCCGACUAGGCCCCCGCUCGGCUCUCGUUAAUCUGUUACUCAUGCUCGAAUAAAGCACCGCUAUUGUUA